CUGGGAUUGUUCCUUUAUUGUGCAUACGUGUUUUUUCUCUUUCCUUACACUGUUUUGCAAAGCUGGAUGAGAAUCAUCUAUAGUUUGAGCUAAGAAAUUUACACUUUGGGAAAUUGCGUGAAGAUAUUGUUUUUCAGAUUUCUGCAUUACCUGGAAUAUUACAAGAAUUUAUUGGAAUAAUAAAAAAAAGACUUGUUUUUCAUGGUUGUUUUUUUAGUGUAUUUUAAGGCUUUAUCGUGUUCGUAGCUUUUUAGAUUUUUGUUUUUAAGUUUUUUUGAAGUGUUGUUUUUUUUGUGAUCUUCAAGUGUUGAUCAUGGUGGGGAGGUCUCUAGCAGACAGGAAUCCGAUGCAUAUCUUUAUACUCAGACUGCUAUGCCUUCUCCCAACAGGGCUGCCUGUCCGCAGCGUGGAUUUAAACCGGAGCACGGACAACAUCACGGUCCGGCAGGGGGAUACGGCGUACCUCAGAUGUUUUGUGGAAGACAAAAGCUCUAAAGUGGCCUGGUUGAACCGUUCAGGCAUUAUCUUUGCUGGAAAUGACAAAUGGUCCCUUGACCCCAGGGUAGAAUUAGACAAGAGAAGUCCCCUUGAGUACAGUCUUCGCAUUCAGAAGGUGGACGUCUUUGAUGAAGGACCCUACACUUGCUCUGUGCAGACCCAACAUCAUACACGGACUUACCAGGUUUAUCUGAUUGUCCAAGUCCCACCAACGAUUUCCAACAUCUCUUCAGACAUCACUGUGAAUGAAGGAAGCAAUGUGACCCUGGUGUGCAUUGCAAAUGGCCGCCCAGAGCCCAUCAUCACCUGGAGACAUCUCACCCCAGCAGCCAGAGAUUUUGAAGGGGAGGAGGAAUACCUGGACAUUCAAGGAAUCACACGAGAGCAGUCUGGGAAAUAUGAGUGCAAAGCAGCUAACGAGGUAGCGUCGGCAGAUGUGAAGAUUGUCCGCAUCACUGUGAACUAUCCUCCUAUCAUAACUGAAUCUAAGAGUAAUGAAGCCACAACUGGGAAGCAAGCCGUUCUGCGCUGUGUGGCCUCUGCUGUUCCUGCGGCUGAUUUUGAGUGGUACAAAGAUGACACCAGGAUAAACAGCGCCCAGGGACUGGAGAUCAAGAGUCUGGGUGGGCGAUCUAUGCUAGUGGUGGCUAAUGUCACUGAGGAGCACUAUGGAAACUAUACCUGUGUGGCUACAAACAAGCUGGGAGUCACCAACACUAGCCUAUACCUGUACAAGCGUGUUUUACCCACAAAUCCUAUCCCCGCCUCAGAAAGAGGCAACAACGCACAUUUCAAACAAAAAGGACCUGGAACAGUUAUAAUGGACAAUGGAUCUACCAGCUUGGCUUCUUCUGUUUGGCUAAUGGCAGCAACCCUCUUCUGCCUAAUCUGGAAAUGUUAAUAUAAAAAUAUAUUAAAAGAAAAAAAAGAAAACACAAAAAAAAUGAAAAAUGGGAUAGAAAGAGAGAGAGAGAGACAGGACUGUUUCCUUCACCAAGUGUGUUGAGAAGCGAAGAAAACAACUUACAAUUAAGAGAAGACUAGAAAAUGUAUACAUCAAAACAACAUGCAAGAUGAAGGGACUGAAUUCUGUUUAAAGAAACACGUAAUGCUGAGAACAAUGAAAUGUUGUAAAAAUCUGUUUCUUUUCUGUCUUUUUUUUUCUUUUAUUGGUUCCAAUUUAUUUUCAUGUAAUUGUCUAGCUUUGAUGUUCCCAGCCUCUCUCUCGCUCGUUUCCAAUGGACUCUUUAAAGUUAAAACUAACCCUGAUUUUCUGGUGUCCCUCUGACUCUUUGGCGUAGGAGAAGUCCUGGCAGAACCUUCUACAGCAAACACCUACCCAAUCACAUUUUGACUAAGUAGGUGGCACUACGAGAGGAUCUCUUACUGAUAGUAAUUCAUGGGUCAACAUUUACAGAAUCUUCUAGUUAAUUUUGGUCAGGACAGAGGUACCUUUGAACCAUGUGUUGAUAUUCUACAGCUAAUAUUUUGUUGACUAACAACCACAAGUUGGAAAUCCUCUAAGUGGCAUAUCUACUUUUGCUAGAAACUCUCUUAGUUUAAACCCUUUGCCCCUUUGUAAGCACUAACUUGUAUUAUCUGUAAUGUCAAAUCCUGACAUUUUGUAAUGUCACUUUUGGGGUUAACCCUACAAUUUUAAAUUAUUCCCUUUUGGUCUCUUGAUUUUAGGGACUGGGGAUUUUCUAGGUAUGAUACAUUUACACCAGCACACCAAGAAGUAAAUGUAAAGGGGCAAAGGGAUUAAAAUUCUUCUGGGCUCAAACCAUACAGGGAUUGCUAUCUUUGCCUGCUUUUGUGUGUGUGUGAGUGUGUGCAAAGCUUGCUUUAGGGACUAACACAUAUCGAAACAAACAGGGUUUUGUUACUAGAGAGUCUGUUGCAGUAAUGUCAAAUGAUUUUGCAUGAUAGGGUGAGAAUCCAAUAGGGACGUAAAAACAUCAGACAAUAGCCAUAGGGAACUGAUUAUGUAGUGACUCCUUUUUAUACAUAGUUCAUCAGAAUGCUUUUUAAAAAGAAUACACAUAAAUAUAAGUAUACAUAUACAUAUAUAUAAAAAUAAAAAAUAUUCACAGAUCAACAAUGAAUGGAUGACUAUAGCUGAAUGAAUGAUUUCUAAAAAGAUCAAAGCUUGGUAAAAUUAAGGUUGAUAAUAAUAUUAAAAAUAGUGACGAGAUUGAUUAAAUGUUUCUCCACAAUGUAUUUCAAAAUAAAAAUAAUGGAAACAUAAUACUAUGAAAGAUAACAAGAACUGACAAGUCUACAGUGUUUUACCAAAGCUUUUAUUGGUAGAUCUUAAUAAAAGUUAAACUCUACGUCAAGGGUUGCCUAAACAUUUUGGAAUUGUGUGCCUAAAUAGGCGAUAAAGCAGCAAUGCAUGCCAACAAUAUUUUUGUGUGUAUCUCUUUGGACAAGAAUGCCAAGGUUCGGCACCGCCCUAGACAUUUAAAGAAACAGAAACUGGUGCAUUGUGAUAAAACAGAGAGGGUGCACACAGGAAACAGUUUUUUUUUAAAGAGGCUGAAUUAUUAAGAUCCACAUGGCUAUGUCAUACAAUAUGUUCCAGUAACAGAAUAUACUUCCCAGCUCAUAACAGCUUAAUGAAGGGUUUCUCAUAAAAAUAGUCAAUAGAAGACCUACCUAGUGGAAGUACACUGCCUUUAUAAACACCAUUACCACUGACUUCUAUGUGUUUUGUCCUUUUUUUGUACACAGAGAUAUUAAUACAACAUGCAUGUUCUUGUCAUUCAAGCAUUACUGGCCAUUAUGUUUCCAUAUCACUAUUAUAAUCAUAGUCUAUUGGCUGUCCCUUUAAACUCUUGACUUUCAGAGAGGGUUAUAAAUCCCUGAGUAGCAAAGCAUUGCCGUGCUCUCUGGCAACCAAGAGAUUAAAGGGGAAGUUUUGAAAUUCCUAGUAUACUCAUGCUACAGCUUUUAUCAUCAUUACAAUCCCUAAAACAAUACUGUAAACAUCAUAGAAUGACUCUGUAUAAAGGGUGUUAUCUUUAAAGACA